GCAGUCGGCACGGCUCCGGGGAAGCGGCGGCGGGCAGCCGCGUGGGCAUGGGCGACCUGGCGACCUAGUGCCCACCGGCAGCAGCAGGUCUGGCCGCCCGCAGGGCGGGGCCGGAGCCGAGCGUGGGCCGCGGGAGCGGCCGCGCGGCCGGAGCCAUGAGCGCCGAGCCCAUCUGCAGCGCGCUGCCCGCCGUGCCCUCCCACAAGCUCGCCGACCUGCGCUUCCUCAGCCGCGGCGCGUCCGGCACCGUGUCGUCCGCGCGCCACGCCGACUGGCGCGUGCAGGUGGCGGUGAAGCACCUGCACAUCCACACGCCGCUGCUCGACAGUGAAAGAAAUGAUGUCUUAAGAGAAGCUGAAAUUUUACACAAAGCUAGAUUUAGUUACAUUCUUCCAAUUUUGGGAAUUUGCAAUGAGCCUGAAUUUUUGGGAAUAGUUACUGAAUACAUGCCAAAUGGAUCAUUAAAUGAACUCCUGCAUAGGAAAACGGAAUAUCCGGAAGUGGCCUGGCCACUGAGAUUCCGCAUCCUGCAUGAAAUCGCCCUGGGCGUGAACUACCUGCACAAUAUGAACCCUCCUCUUCUGCAUCAUGACCUGAAGACUCAGAAUAUCUUAUUGGAUAAUGAAUUUCAUGUUAAGAUCGCAGAUUUUGGCUUAUCGAAGUGGCGCCUGAUGUCCCUGUCACAGUCACGGAACAGUAAGGCUGCCCCCGAAGGCGGGACCAUCAUUUACAUGCCGCCCGAGAACUACGAGCCGGGGCAGAAAGCGAGGGCCAGCGUCAAGCACGACAUAUACAGCUAUGCAGUCAUCAUGUGGGAAGUCUUAUCCAGAAAACAGCCUUUUGAGGACGUCACCAACCCUUUGCAGAUUAUGUACAGUGUGUCGCAAGGACACCGGCCCGACACCAGCGAAGAGAGCCUGCCCCCCGGAACCCCCCAUCGCGCGCGGAUGGUCUCCCUCAUUGAAGGCGGAUGGGCACAGAACCCAGACGAACGGCCGUCCUUCCUCAAAUGUUUAAUAGAGCUUGAGCCAGUCCUGAGAACAUAUGAAGAGAUAACUUUUCUUGAAGCUGUUUUGCAACUAAAGAAAACCAAGGUGCAGAGCGCUCUGAGUGCCGUCCGCGCAGGUGACAGGAAAUCGGAGGCGUCUCUGAACCUCUCUCUGAGCCACAGUCCACAGGAGGAAUCGUGCGGGGCUCUUCGGCAUCACGCAUGCAGCAGCUCCUUCGCCAGGCUCCUGUCCGCGCCUCCGCUCGGUGACUGUGCAGCUGGAAAAACCCCGGACGGCCCGGCCCUGCUUCCCCACCCGGCCAACCACAACAGUGAUGACGUGUCCGCGGCUCCCACGGCCCUGUUCUGUGACCAGGAGACCGCCCCGUGCUCCCUGGCAAUACACCCUCUCUCAGCCGAGGGAAAUUCAGAGCGCCCGCAGCCCGGGGUGGCCCAGCAGUGGAUCCAGAGCAAAAGGGAGGAGGUCGUGAGCCAGAUGACCGAGGCCUGCCUCAACCAGGCGCUGGACGCCCUGCUGUCUCGGGACCUGAUCAUGAAGGAAGACUACGAACUCGUCAGCACCAAGCCUACGAGGACCGCCAAGGUCAGGCAGUUACUGGACACCACUGACAUCCAGGGAGAGGACUUCGCCAGAGUCAUAGUGCAGAAGCUCAAGGACAACAAGCAGCUGGGCCUCCAGCCCUACCCGGAAAUCCUGCCGGCUUCUCGGCCGCCAUCCCUACUCUUGGUUCAGAAUAAAAGCGUAUAGGGGACUCGUCUUCAAGAAGAAAAGUCAGCUUAUUAAAAGGUAUUUUAUA